CUGUGCCUCCUGAUCAUGGAAGUAUUCAGCAAUAAGAAGACCAAUGAGACUGGGACAAGUAUGUUCCCCUCCUCUACACUGGUGCUGCUGGUCACAGCACUGACCAGCAUCUGGGCCCAAGACUUAUAUGAAGAGAGGAAAAGUAACAAGAAAUCUAGGGUCAAACUUCAGGCUGCAAAUAUUCAUGACGGACAAGCCAUCCUAGAUGAGGACUGUAGCUUGGAGCUCUCCUUCCUUCUGGACAGCUCCGAGAGCGCCAAGGACAAUCAUGAGCAGGAAAAACAGUUCACCAUGAAUGUGGUGGACAGACUCCAGGGGGCACGGCUGCAGACCGGCCGCAGCUUGAGCUUCAGAGUAGCUCUGUUGCAAUACAGCAGUCAUGUUAUCACAGAGCAAACCUUCAGAGACUGGAAAGGCACAAAGAUCUUCAAAACCCGUAUAUCACCCAUCAUCUACAUCGGGCAUGGCACCUACACCACCUAUGCCAUUACUAACAUGACCAGGAUCUACCUGGAGGAAUCCAGCCCUGGCAGCAUCAAAGUAGCCGUGUUGCUCACUGAUGGUAUUUCCCACCCGAGGAACCCUGACAUUUUCUCUGCUGUUGCUGAUGCCAAGAACCAGGGCAUCAAAUUCUUCUCUUUGGGUAUCACUCGGACGGCCAAUGAGCCAGCCAAUGUAGCCCAGCUCCGCCUACUCGCCAGCUCCCCGGCCUCCCGCUUCCUCCAUAAUUUACAGGAUGAAGACAUUGUUGAAAAAAUCGUCACUGAGAUUACUGGCUUGGCUGAUGAAGGAUGCCCUCUGGCUCAGAGAUGUGCUUGUGAGAAAGGAGAGAGGGGACCAAGCGGGCCUGCGGGGAAAAAAGGUCGCCCUGGAGAAGAUGGAGCCCCGGGGCUUAAAGGGCAAAAGGGUGAAGCAGGAUUAAGUGGUCUACCUGGGCGAGAGGGUGCUGAGGGAAAACCAGGUUACAAAGGAGAAAAGGGUGAGAGGGGUGAGUGUGGCACUCCAGGAAUCAAAGGAGACAGGGGUCCUGAGGGUCCAGCUGGAACAAGAGGACUUAGAGGUCUGCAGGGGAUACCAGGACCACAUGGAGACCUUGGCCCAGAGGGUCCUCAGGGAAAGCAGGGUGAACGUGGCCCACCUGGCCCUCCAGGAAUUCAGGGGGAAACUGGUGUUGGACUUCCUGGACCAAAAGGUGACAUCGGAUUCCAGGGCCGACCAGGUCCUCCUGGCCCCCAUGGUUUGGGUGAACCUGGCCUUCCUGGACCUCAAGGACCACAAGGUGUUGCAGGGGAAAAAGGACCCCAGGGCGAGGGGUUUCCUGGACCAAAGGGGGAACGGGGGCUCGCUGGGCCGAGGGGGCCAAGGGGACAGCAGGGUCUAGGAAUCAAAGGAGAAAAGGGUGACUUGGGACCUCCAGGUGUUUCAGGGCCAAUUGGACUGACAGGAGCGGGCAUACAGGGAGAGAAGGGAGUCGAGGGUCCAAGAGGUCCACCAGGAGCCAGAGGACAUCCAGGAGAAGGUUUACCUGGACCUAAGGGAGACCAAGGUUUACCGGGAGAGCAGGGAGCCACAGGAGAGCCAGGCAUUGGUGAACCUGGUCCAAAGGGAGACCCUGGGGCAGCUGGUCUGGCUGGCGUACCUGGUCUUCCAGGAGAGGAUGGAGCUCCGGGGCAGAAGGGGGAGGCUGGUUUACCUGGUUUAAGAGGUCCUGAGGGAGCACAAGGAAUUGGCAUUCAAGGGGAGAAGGGUGAUCAGGGUCUGAGGGGCAUCCGUGGGUUACAUGGUCCUCCUGGGAUCUCAGGACCCUCAGGACCAAAGGGUGAACGUGGGACACCAGGCCAGCAGGGCAUACCAGGACAGCCAGGACGAUCCAUAUCAGGGCCAAAGGGUGAUGUAGGCCCCAGUGGUCCUCCUGGUCCUGUUGGGGAACCAGGCCAUGGAUUACCUGGUCCAAAGGGUGAGCGUGGUCAUUCGGGUUUAUCGGGUCCAGUUGGUCCGAAAGGCGAAGGCAUCCAGGGCCCUGUGGGUCCUCCGGGCCUGCCAGGUUUACCAGGCGAGCCAGGCCCAGAAGGAAUAGGAAUUCCUGGUGCAAAGGGUGAUAUUGGCUUUAGAGGAUUGCCAGGUUUGCCCGGCCCACCUGGAGAGGGUUUACAAGGACCCCCUGGUAAUGUUGGGAGGACAGGACCUGCAGGUCCCACUGGACCCCCAGGAGAGGGUAUUCAAGGUCCAAAGGGUGAGCCAGGAUCUCAAGGUAUGACUGGGCCUAGAGGGCCUCAAGGAGAAGGAUUUCCUGGACCUAAGGGUGAUCGUGGAUCACAGGGUGAGAGGGGAAUGAAAGGUACAAAAGGAGACAUGGGUGAUCAUGGAGUCCCCGGUGAAGCAGGAAGACCAGGAACAAAAGGAGAACCAGGCCUCACAAGAGAAGACAUUAUUAAGCUGAUCAAAGAAAUCUGUGGAUGUGGCAUCAAGUGCAAAGAAAGACCAAUGGAACUUGUGUUCGUCAUCGACAGCUCAGAGAGUGUCGGCCCUGAGAACUUUGAAAUCAUCAAGGACUUUGUCACCAGGUUGGUGGACGGCACCACAAUUGGACGCAACACCACCAGAAUUGGACUGGUCCUCUACAGUCUGCAUGUCCAUUUGGAGUUCAACUUAGCUCGCUACAUGAGCAAAGAGGACGUUAAGCAGGCAAUCAGAAAAAUGCCUUACAUGGGUGAGGGCACGUACACUGGCACCGCCAUCAGAAAGGCCACUCAGGAGGCUUUCUUCAGCGCUCGGCCAGGGGUCAGAAAAGUAGCCAUUGUCAUCACCGAUGGUCAAACUGACAAACGAGAGCCUGUCAAACUUGACAUAGCUGUGAGGGAAGCCCACGCUGCAAACAUUGAGAUGUACGCCCUGGGGAUUGUCAAUUCUUCUGAUCCUACACAGGCUGAGUUCCUGCGAGAACUCAACCUCAUUGCCUCGGACCCCGACAGCGAGCACAUGUACCUUAUUGAUGACUUCAAUACCCUUCCAGCACUGGAGUCUAAACUUGCCAGCCAGUUCUGUGAAGAUGAAAAUGGCGCCCUCAUUUACAAUCACAUUACAAAUGGACACUGGAACGGCAACAAUGGCCAUGGGCAUGGUAUUAAUGGAAACAAUGGACAUGGAGAGAAUACCAAUGGAUAUAAUGGCCUUGGCAAUAAUGGUUAUGUUUAUAGUUAUGGAAACAAUGGAUAUGGGAAUACUGAAAAGGGUCAAAAUUUCAAAGAGGAGAUCCAAAAUCACAGACGCACCACCAGCCGAGGCCGUGGAGACACUUUCACGCUGCCCAUCAGUGCCGAUCCUCUCCCUGUUCAGGUCGUGGACGAUGAUGAAGGUGAAGAUUUAGACUUAAGAGUCCAUGGGCGGGGUGGUAAUACUGUAGCUGCUGUAGCUGUAGUCAACAAAACAACAUCGUUAUCUUCUGUGAGAGGAAGCUCCAUCGUCACUGAAGCCGUCUUGUCAUCUUCUACAUCGUCAUCCUCGUCUGCAACAUCUGUGUCAACAGCGAGCUCAGUUUCAUCUUUAAAUACGAAUCGGUUGCAGCCCGUGGCAAAUCAAGUCCUACCUGAAGAGGCCCCUGUUGUUGAUCCCCGCUGUAACCUCACCUUGGACCAAGGCACCUGCCGAGAUUACAGCAUCCAGUGGUACUAUGACAAGCAGGCCAACGCCUGUGCACAGUUUUGGUAUGGAGGCUGCGGUGGAAAUGACAACCGUUACGAAACAGAGGAUGAAUGCAAGAAGACUUGCAUUCAGUCAAAAACAGCAGGAUAAAAGGAGAAGAAGCUGUCAGAAAAUGGACUUUACUACUCUACAAUCUGCUGAAUUUUUUUUACGUGAUGCAUUCUGUCAGUUGGGUCCAGAAAAUAAUUUCAUGCACUUGUCU